GAAAAUGCUCGUUUUUGAGUAUAUCGAUUUUCAUCAUCAGUUGUGUGCCCGUCAGUAGUUUUUGGCUUAAAAAUAGUAGGGCCAAAAGAGCCACAAAAAAGCAGGCAAUACAGUGACCCUAGAAAUCAUGGAUCAAGUACCAAAAAAAAAUAAAAAUCAUGGAUCAUCUUCAACCUCAUCUCAACGAUAAGAGAUAUGAGACAUCUCAUCAACUCUCAAUCCCACUCUUUCCUCCACUCUCCCCAUUAACCGUCGCUCACUUUACACACACACACAGCGCUCCUGAAACCCUCUCAGCACUCACCGUGAGAUGGCGUCCACAGCUGCAUCGCCAGCCUUCUGCGGCAUCCCGAAGAAAUCAGCGGCGGCCGCCGCCGCCGCCGUAAGGGCUUCUCUCAGCGCCCCCACCACCGGAUUCCUCUCCAGAACCCCCGUCCGACGCCUCGGCUUUGCCGCCGCCAACCCCCUCUUCUCCGACCACGUCGCCGCCAAGCUGCGAUCGUUCGGGAGCUCAAAUGGCAAGCCGGUUAGAGGCGUCGUCGCCAUGGCGAAGAAGAGCGUCGGAGACCUAACUGCGGCUGACCUCAAGGGCAAAAACGUCUUUGUGAGGGCCGACCUCAAUGUGCCUCUCGAUGAGAACCAGAACAUUACUGACGACACGAGGAUUAGAGCUGCUAUCCCCACAAUUAAGCAUCUAAUUAACAAUGGCGCUAAAGUCAUUCUUUCCAGUCACUUGGGUCGCCCUAAAGGUGUCACACCAAAAUACAGUCUUGCACCUCUUGUUCCUAGGCUCUCUGAACUGCUCGGUAUUCAGGUUGUGAAAGCCGAUGAUUGCAUUGGCCCUGAGGUUGAAAAAUUGGUGGCCUCACUGCCUGAAGGUGGCGUCCUCUUGCUUGAGAACGUGAGGUUUUACAAAGAGGAAGAGAAGAACGAGCCCGAGUUUGCAAAGAAACUUGCCUCAUUGGCUGAUCUUUACGUGAAUGAUGCAUUUGGAACUGCACACAGAGCACAUGCCUCUACUGAGGGAGUUACAAAGUUCUUGAAGCCUUCAGUCGCUGGUUUACUUUUACAGAAGGAGCUUGAUUAUCUUGUUGGGGCAGUUUCGAGCCCAAAGAGGCCUUUUGCCGCCAUUGUGGGGGGUUCAAAGGUUUCCUCUAAGAUUGGAGUGAUUGAAUCUCUUCUCGAGAAGUGUGAUAUACUGCUACUGGGCGGAGGUAUGAUAUUCACAUUCUAUAAAGCACAAGGGCUUUCUGUAGGGUCUUCCCUAGUCGAAGAAGACAAGCUGGAUCUUGCCACAUCACUAUUGGAGAAGGCUAAGGCCAAGGGGGUUAGCCUCUUGCUACCCACUGAUGUUGUUAUAGCCGACAAAUUUGCCCCAGAUGCAAAUAGCAAGGUUGUGCCGGCAUCUGCUAUUCCAGAUGGGUGGAUGGGAUUGGAUAUUGGACCGGAUUCUGUGAAGACUUUUAAUGAUGCCCUUGAGACUACAAAGACGGUUAUUUGGAAUGGACCAAUGGGAGUUUUUGAGUUCGACAAGUUUGCCGUGGGCACAGAGGCAAUUGCAAACAAGCUAGCUGAACUUAGUCCUAAGGGGGUGACUACAAUAAUUGGCGGUGGAGAUUCUGUUGCAGCAGUGGAGAAAGUUGGGGUUGCUAAUGUUAUGAGCCACAUAUCGACUGGUGGUGGGGCCAGCUUGGAGCUCUUGGAAGGCAAAGAGUUGCCUGGUGUACUUGCUCUAGAUGAAGCCACACCAGUUCCCGUGUAAGGCGUAAAAAACGACAUUUAGACCCUUUCUUUUGGUCGAAGAUGUGUUCCUUUCCGGUUUUGAAAUGUAUCAGUAUAUGAGUUUGUGUCAUAGAUGCCCCCUGUUUCGCUUUAAAUUUGGAUUCUAUGUAAAAUUUUCUAAAACCUCUUUUUACUUGUUUAUAUCCGAAUAAGAAAUCCAUGAAUCUUCUAGUUCUGGAUGUAAUUUGUGUACAAAGAUUUCAAAAUGAAGGCAGCCGCAUAUUGUUUUCCUGGCUCUCAUUGAUGAAAGCAUCUCAUUCAUAUUAGAUAUGUUUUCUCGUGAGAGUAGAUGAGAUGGGUCAAGACACAUCACACGGCAUGCGGGGGCAAAAAAUAAGACCACCAACAAAAUAUUAAUAUUGAUUGUGUUGUGACUUAUGACA